AUGUCAUCUGCCAAUCAUCAAUUCGCUCUCUUUGAAACUGCUCAUCACACUAAUUUGUACUCAAAAUUUAGACCCACUUAUCCUGCCGCACUGUAUGAUGAAAAGAUCAUGCCGAGAGUUUCAAAAACUUCCGAAAAACUUGUGAUUCUAGAUUUGGCUUGUGGCAGUGGACAAGCAACGUAUGAUCUAUGUCAGAGAAAUUGUAAAUUAAUUAUUGGAAUUGAUCCUAGCAUGAAUCAAAUUGCAAAUGCAUUGAAUCAUCCUCGUAAGAACUCAAUUCCUUCCGAUUGCAAAGUCUACUUUGAAGUUGCCGCUGCUGAAGAUUUGGAUCAAAUUGUUGAAAAGUAUAAGAGCGAAUUAUUGAAUGAACAACAACAAGAAGAUGGAGUGUUUGAUUUGAUCACUGUGGCUCAAGGUGUGCAUUGGUUUCAUUUUGAAAAAGUUUUUGAACUUGUCAAAAAGUAUUUGAAACGAGGAGGAGUAUUUUGUGCGUGGGGUUAUGGAGCGAAUGUUUUUGAGAAUGAACAAGCACAAAAACUGUUUGAUGAAUUUUAUAAUGGAGAGGAAUUGAGAGAAUUUUGGUCUGAAAGAAGACGAUAUUUAGAUGAGGCUUACUUAACCAUUCCUCACAUUCCUUAUCCUGAAAAUGCAGUCUAUGAGACAUAUUGGGACAAAACAAAAGUGCCAGUUGCUAAUUAUAUUGGAUAUUUAAAUACAUGGAGUGCAGUGAAUUCAUAUAGCGACAAAUACGGUAUGAUUGAACGUGAAAAGUUACUCAACAAUUACAAAUUGAAACUGAUGCAAGUAUUGGGAUUGAAGAAUGAUGAUGAUUUGGUAGAUUUCAAUUUGCCUUACGUUAUGGUGUCAACCAAAAAACCAUAA